CUUUAAACUUGGUACUCCUUGCUACUGCUUGAUACUCUUGUUGACUGUCGAUUAGUGGACGUUUGAUUAUCAAAAAUAUUUUGUUACUCUACGAAAGCUUCAGUAGACAAAUUAAUUCGCCAAAAUGACUAUGGCAAUGUUGCAACGUCGCGCCAAUGUAAGGCUGCCACCCGAAGUAAAUAGAGUAUUAUACAUUAGGAAUUUACCAUACAAAAUCACAGCUGAAGAAAUGUACGAUAUAUUUGGCAAAUAUGGAGCUAUCAGACAAAUUAGAGUAGGUAACACAGCAGAGACCAGAGGCACAGCCUUUGUUGUGUAUGAAGAUAUAUUUGAUGCGAAGAAUGCAUGUGACCACUUGAGUGGUUUCAAUGUAUGCAAUCGUUAUUUGGUGGUUCUAUAUUAUCAGAGCAAUAAAGCAUUUAAGCGAAUUGACGUUGAUAAAAAAAUGGAGGAUCUAGAUAAAUUGAAGACAAAAUAUAAUUUAAAUGAUGAAAAAAAGUAG